AGUUACUCUGAAGUCGCUAUUCGCCAUAUUUACGUCAUCUUGGUCAUGCGCACGUUAUUGCGGCGUUUAGUCGUUUCGGUUGCUCUGAAAAUUAAUUAAAAAUAUACUAAUAUUAUAUCAAAAAUUACGUUUAUUUUAUUCAGUUUAUUGUUUGUUCAACUGUGAAUCCAGUUUCGAGUAUUGACAUUUCAAGUAAACAUGAAUGGGUCAAACAAUAUCAAAAAUGUAGAUCAUAAAGGCGUAUCAAAAAUUUACAAAAUAUUUGAAGAAAUAUAUUUGAAAGCACCUACUUUUUUAAAGGAUCUGUCAAACAAUUCUGUAGGUAUUGAUAAUACAGAAUCCAUACGUGAGCAAAUUGAUUUUAAGAAAAUUGAUACAAAAUUUAAAAAUGGAGAAUACUGCCUCAUUACUGAUGCAAUAAAAGAUAUAAGGACAGUAUUCUUAAACUGCUAUUCAUUUUAUGGUGCUAGAAGUAAUCAUACUAAACAAUCAUUAGAACUUGAAAAACUAUUAGAAGAAAAAAUUAGCUACCUUGAAAAAAAUUAUAAAUUACUGGCUGAUGUUAAUCUUACAUUAAAUUUGCUAAACAUCGAAGGAAAACCUAGUUCCAAAUUGAGAUAUCCAAAAGAUGUGUAUGAUUCAGUAUUAUUACGAAGUGUUGCACAUUGUCCCCCUGGACGAUUAAAAAAAUAUCAUAAAACAUUAUCUAAUACUCUUACCACGGAUAAAGAUGAUGCACAUAUUUUCGAAAAAAUAUUAAGUUGGGAAAAUGAAGUUAAUUUUAAUGAUGUAUUUCAUCAGCAUAUAAGUUCAAUGUGGGAGCUACCAGAAAUAGGUAAUUUUCUAGCUAUUUUAUUUAAAAAACUUGAUCAUGAUAUUAUUAACCAAGGUGAAAUUGAAAGAAUGUUUAUAAUGCCUAAAGAAUCUACAACUAUGAGUAAAGUAAUGACUACUCUUUUAAUGCCAGUAAAAAAAAAUAAGAGUAAUCAUCUUAUGCCAUAUAAGGUUUGGUCUGAAAAACUUUCAAAGAAUGUAUCAGAUUGGUGUAAAGUUUACCAUACAAAAAACCAAAAUAAAGUCAUUGCAAUGGAUUUACUGGGUAUCCAUCCAGAUUUUUGGACUGUUGUGAAUGAAAAAAAUCCUUUAAUUGAAAAAGAGUAUAGUGAACUCUCGUAUUUUAUAAAAGUUUGGCUUGUAAAAGGACUUUGUGAUUAUGUUACUAUUAAAUUUAAAACUAUAAAUGAUAUUGUAACCAAUUGUAAUGCAAGACAAUGUACUAUAUGGAAGAACGAUUUGGAAACUGAGGAAUAUUUCUUUUUUGAUUCAAUGCCAGAUUUAAGGAUAUAUUAUUAUAGCAUUCCAUAUGAUGAACCAUGUCUUGAAUUUCUCGAAUCAGUAAAAACUGAUAAUGAAGUAGUACAAUUUGAAGAUAAACUAACUAUGAAUGAUUUUUCUGAGGGUUUUCAUAUGAUACAAAAAGGAAAACAUUUUAAGCUUAUUGCUGAUUCGGUAGAAAGUCUUCGGGCUUUUGUUUAUGAAUUGGAUAUGGAAGAAAAAUCAGUUCCUGAAAGUUUAAUAAGCUCUCUAGAGAAUUUUAUUGUUAAUAUUGAACCGGAAGAAUAUAAUUACAUUGCCCUGAACAAUGAUUCUAAAAUACAAUUAUUUAAGGACUGGGAAUCAUAUUCUGAUAGAAUUCAGAAGGAUAAAGAUAAUAUAUCAGUUUGGGAAAAGAAAGAUUCUAAGUCAAUAGCUAAAACUAAAAAUGAAGAAUUAAUUAUUACUGAGAAACGUCAAAGAAAAUUAAUUGUACUGCAAAACUUUGAUAUAAAUGAAUCUGAUGAAUAUGUUAGUGAAAAUGAUAAAUCCUUAUCUGAUUUUACUGAUUCCGAAGAUGAAUGGGGUGCUAUGAAUCAGCCUAAAUUUAAAGUCAAACAACCACAGCGGACCCCUUCUAAAAAUUUUCUUGAACUAGAAAAGCGUGUAACGAAAGCUGAGAAAAUGUUAAAAUAUGAUACUAAUCAGAGUGAUGUAAAGCAAUUGAGAUAUCAAGAUAACAUUUCAAAACGCAGUACACAUAAAAUGUGUAAGAAUAAUAAUAAAGAUAAAUCUAUCAAAUCAGUUAAAUUACUGAAAACUCAAAAUAAAGGGAAAAUAUGUAGUAAUAACACCAAUACAUUACCAUUAGUUAAUGGUAAUAAUAAAAUCAAAGAACCACUUCAAACACCUCCUAAACGUAUUAAACUAGAAGAGCAAUUAAGGGAAGAAAAUACUAUUUUAAAACACAGUUCAAUUAAAGAGUUUGAUAAAAAAGAUAAAAACAUCAAAUCGGUUAAAUUACUGAAAACUCAAAAUGAAGGGAAAAUAUGUAGUAAUAACACCAAUACAUUACCAUUAGUUAAUGGUAAUAAUAAAAUCAAACAACCUCUUCAAACAUUUCCUAAACGUAUUAAACUAGAAGAGCAAUUAAGGGAAGAAAAUACUAUUUUAAAACACAGUUCAAUUAAAGAGUUUGAUAAGAAAGAUAAAAACAUCAAAUCAGUUAAAUUACUGAAAAUUCAAAAUGAAGGGAAAAUAUGUAGUAAUAACACGAAUACAUUACCAUUAGUUAAUGAUAAUAAUAAAAUCAAACAACCUCUUCAAACACCUCCUAAAAGUAUUAAACUAGAAAAGCAAUUAAGGGAAGAAAAUACUAUUUUAAAACACAGUUCAAUUAAAGGGUUUGAUAUGAAAGAUAAUAACAUCAAAUCGGUUGAAUUACUGAAAACUCAAAAUGAAGGGAAAAUAUGUAGUAAUAACACCAAUACAUUACCAUUAGUUAAUGAUAAUAAUAAAAUCAAACAACCUCUUCAAACACCUCCUACAAGUAUUAAACUAGAAAAGCAAUUAAGGGAAGAAACUACUAUUUUAAAACACAGUUCAAUUAAAGGGUUUGAUAAGAAAGAUAAAAACAUAAAAUCAGUUAAAAUACUGAAAACUCAAAAUGAAGGGAAAAUAUGUAGUAAUAACACCAAUACAUUACCAUUAGUUAAUGGUAAUAAUAAAAUCAAACAACCUCUUCAAACACAUCCUAAACGUAUUAAACUAGAAAAGCAAUUAAGGGAAGAAAAUACUAUUUUAAAACACAGGUCAAUUAAAGGGUUUGAUAAGAAAGAUAAAAAUAUCAAAUCAGUUAAAUUACUAAAAACUCAAAAUGAAAUAAAAUGUAGUAAUAAUACUAAUACAUUUGUUAAUGGUCAUAACCAAAGAUUGGUUGAUACUAAAAAUAUAGAUAUUGUUUGUAGUUAUGAAGAAGUAGUAAUUCAUAGUGAUACAGAAGAAAGCCAAAAGCCAUGUGAUGGCUUAAGACAAGUAGAAAUUAUAAACCUAGAUGAAGAUAUGCAAAAUGAUUGUGAAGUUUUUAAUGAUAAUUUUGAAUCAUCAACUUUUACUGAAAAUAAAAAUAGAAAGUCCAAUGAACAAAAGAAUUAUAAACAAACAGAAUCGUCUGUUAUUUCAAUAGAAGAUGAUGAUCCAACUAUUAUUAUUGAUGGUAAAGAUGAUGUUCAAUUUAUUUCGAUGACUAAAAAACCUAAGUGUUCACCUUUCAAAAAUAAUAAACCUUGUAGCUUAAAAAGUCAUUUAAAUAAAUCAUACAACUCUGCUUCUGCAAACAGGCGAAUAACCCCCACCAAUUAUAUUAAUCAUAAAGCAAAAUCAUCUAUAAUACAAAAACUUUCACAAAACAUUACUAUUAUGCCUGCAAAUGUUAAUAUACCUAAAGGCAUUGAGGUCACUAUGGUUAAGACUCCACAGACAAGAUUAGACUACAUUUUUAAUUCAGUAAAAAGAAAGGCAAAUGGCCAUCCACCAGAUAACCCUUCAACAAUUAAUGUCAAAUGUGAACUUAUUUCAAAGCCAGAUUUAAACGGGGAAGUUAAGUUUUUUGUUAGACUACCCAAUGGUAAUGAACACCCUGGUCCUAAUGAGCUUAUCAAUCAAUACCUUAAACAGCACAACAACCAAUUACCUGAUUAUUGGUUGGUACCUUUACCAGUAGAAGUUGCCAAACAAUAUGGUUUUAACUAAAAAAAAAUUAUCAUUAUCUAAUAUAAAAUCCUUAUUCUUAUGAUCCCAAUACAUUUAUUUUAAAGAUUCUAGCAGUAAAAUUAAAAAUGUUUUACAUUUGUUGUUUCUAAGAUUUUAACUAUUUAAUUUUGACAUUGUUAAUUUUUAUAAUAAUUUUAGUUGAGUUUAUAUCUAUUUCUGUUGCAUAUAUUAUUAUGCAUAUAUUUAUAAUGAUAUAAAUACUGUAAGUAAAUAUGUAUGUACUACAAA